AGUACCGGGGGCUGAACAGUAGGUGGCGGUAAUGACGCUGCCGACAAAUGCCAACAGAAGAAGAAGUGGGUGGCUCCUCCGUCUGUUUUUAGCAUGAGCAUCCAAUCCUGUUUUCAAAAUGAAGACCCCGUGCACCUGACCCGUGUCGGCGCGUCGCCACACCGCUCGGCUGACUGAAGCGUCUCGCUCCGGGCGAACCAGCGGGAGGGUGACCGACCUGGGAGCGGCGGGUGCAGGCGGCGCAGCCCCCGCGGAAGCUAAGCUAGCCAUGCUAAUCGAGCGGUGACUGACGGGAGGAGACAGGAAGGACGAGCUGGAUCCGCAGGAUCUCCAGUUCAUUGUCCCGAGUCACAUGUCGUCUCUGUAUGUGGACAGAGUGAAGAAGCAUCUCAGGACACAGGAAUUAAAGUUGGAGCUGCCAAGCUAUCGGGAUUAACACGUGAGCUUCAGGGCUCAUUUCUGCCUCAGACGCACCGGCACCCACAAACUCUCCCGCCUCAGCAUGGUGAAGACAGCAAAGAUGGAGCUGCUGAGGGCGCUCAUCACCGAGUGUUUGUCAGCAGCCGCCGAGGAGAUCUUCAAGAUCGCAGAAAGAACCAUUGUAGAGUAUGAAGAGGAAAUGUCUUGUUCAAAGUGGGUGGUGGACAACCACUGCAGACUGCUGGAUGUUGCCAAUUCACAUAGCAAAGACUGCCUCCAGAUGUCUGCCUCUGCUCAGCAGCAGUCCCCUGCCAGUAUCACUGUGAGGUGGGAGGAACCAGUCAACACCUGGUCAGAGCCAGCAGAGGAACGUCACAACGCGGACACACAUCUACGCACUUCUCCUGAUGAUGAAAAACAUCAAUGUGAUCAGGAGAUUCUGAUCAAUAUUGAUGAAGAUGAUGAUAUAAAGCAGGAGUGUGACCUGGACAUGCAUUUGAAGGAGAAGAAUCUUUUUAAAUGUCCCGUUUGCUUGAGGAGUUUUUCUUCUGAAAAGACAAUGGUGCGACACAUUAGGAAGCAUCCAGAGGACCAGUCCUCUUCUUACCAGUGCCAGUACUGUCACCGCUACUUCUGCCACAAGUCUGAAUUCAUCAUUCACACCAUGAUACAUAAAGAGUCCAAACCUUACAAGUGCCAGUACUGUGACAAAAGCUUUGAGCACAGGGACAGUCUGUUUAUUCACAGACAGAAACACAGUGAGGAGAAACCCUACCAGUGUUUCGGUGAAACGGUGGAAGCAGAAACUCAGUUAAAAUCAAGCACACCUGUGAGUAAGAUGGAAGAAAAGCUGGAGCUGAGUCGUGACGAAUCAGACGCGAAGACGUUCCCAUUAACCAUCGCUCCCUAUGACCGGAGUGAGUUUGAGCAGGAAUCUCUGCAGCCGCUGUGUCUGUAUCAAAUCCAGACUGUUGCCGACAUAGAUAGAGAACUCUCAGCUGCACUCCCAGUGGAUCACAUUAAAACCGAGCCAACUGGAGCUCAUGAUGGCGUAUCAGGCACCAACGCUGAUAAUCAGCUGCUCCUUUCGGUGAACCCAGGUGAGCAGACCGAUGUUGGGACAGAGCCCAACCAUCUCAGGAUAAAGCCUCCCCAGCCCAGGAGACUUACAGGAAAAUCCACCGAGCUCUUGAUGCAGGUUGAAGCAGGAACGGCACAGAAACCCUUCAAGUGUCCUUGUUGCACCAAAUGUUUCUCCUUGACUAAGACUUUGAUCAGACACGUAAAGAUUCACUCAGAGGAAAAACCUUACCAGUGCCAAUAUUGUGGGCGAAAUUUCUGUCAGAAGUCAGAUCUUGUCAACCAUACAAGGAUACACACAGGGGAGAGACCCUAUCGGUGCCAUGAAUGUAACAAAUCCUUUGCACAGAAAGGCAACCUGGUGGUCCACAUGAGGAAACAUACGGUGUCAGUGCCAAAGGUGCAGCUGUAACCGUGGUCAGAGGUUAUCACACAGAAGUAUGGACGUAUCCAGAGAGUUGGAACGUUUCCUCGUCACGUUGGGCCAUCUUGGCAGAAUGUGGCUGAGUGUAAACCUCAAUAUUUUUGUGGAACCACUUAAAAGCAAUGAGGGUUAAUUUGGGAUUUAUGAGGCAUUUGUGUUCAAGGACGUUGUGGGGGUUGGGCUUUGGUGUGUUGUUUUUCCCCAGACAACACAGUGCACUGUUUUCAUCAGCUGCUUUCAGACAUGCACUGAACUCCGUAGAUCCUCCGGACAUUCUCUGGAGGGGCUUUAUGUGAGAACGCUGAUGUCCUAGUGAAAGCCUCUGGACUUUCCGCCAGCCAGCCCCAUGGUGUAAAGCCUGCAGAAUACACAGGAGCUGAUGUGAGAACACUGCCGGCGAUCCUCCGCAGGAUUCACCAACAGGAAGUGGGCGUUAGAAGUGUGAAGAUUUCUCACCUCUUAGAUAGAUCACUACAGAUGACUGCAUCAACGCAGAGACAGAACAUAAUCGAUUCAUGUUUUCUGCUACAUUCAUUGUUUUCCACAGCGAAUAAUAAUGACGCCGCUGCUCCAGGAUCAGGACAGACGCAUGUUAAACGUUCGGUCGUCCUGUACUGAGUCUCUGUCGGAGCUGCCUCCUGACUCCUCUUCUGACCUGCGCUCACUUGACUCCUUUCCAAUAAACACCAUCACUGAUCAGUAGUUAUUAGGACACGUACAGGACUGACGUUUACUUUGUGCUUGUUUGAUUCACUCAAGAGUUUAUGAGACACAUAAUUAAACCUGCUACACAACACAUGACGUGACGCGCACAAGUCAGGACAUCAGGGUCAAAGCGACCGGAACGAUCUGGAGCCAUGAUCCGACAUCAGUGAUUAAUAACUAAAUACAUGUGAUCAUCAGUUUGUCUGUGAAGAGGGACAGAUGAGCAGACACACACUCACACAGGCAGGGCCACCUUGAUACAGUAAAGGCUGUAAUCAGAGUCCUUGGUGCAGCACACAAGUCUGAACUGAGUGAAUGUGAAAUCAGGGUGGGGGAUGAUGUAAAUUACGGCACAAUUGUACUAACGGGAACGGUGUAUAAUACUUUUUAAAGCACUUUCUAAAUAAAAACAGAGUUCAGGUUUGUCUGACUUUGAUUUUAUUAACCGAUGAAAAAGCAGCCAUGCGCAGUAAUAUAGAAAAUUGCGGAUGUGAUACAUUGAAAUGCAUCGAUGUGCAUUUGAAUCAUUGACUGCUGAAUCAUAAUCAAAUCAGAUGGUGAGGCGAGUGAAGAUGAUGUUUUUAACUUCACCCAAAUACUUGAUUGAAUAUAAGAGGAUUGUUGGGCCUUGGAGGAGUUAUAGUGCCGUUCUAGUUUACCGCUGUGAUUAAUAGUUCCAAUUUACAGAACAGUGAUUCUCCUGGGAAAUAAUAUUUUCUACUCAAGGUGAAAGUAUUUAGUUUUGAUGUAACAUGCAUUGUUCCCAAUUGUUCCCAAUGAUUUCAAGGUACAAAUUUUAAUGUGCUCACUUGUGUUUACUACACUGAACCUUUAAGUGACAAAAAGUCUCUACUGUGUUUCUACUGUCCCUCAACACUUGGACACAUCCUGUGUAUUCAGCCACCAUGGCAGUGACGUCCAGGUGACAUUAGAACAGAUCUGUGUGUGUGACAUCAUGUUUAGGUGGAGAAUCUGUUUGCCAAAGCAAACCAAACUUCUCCAGUGUGUUCAGCAUUUACAAACAUGUUUGUAAUGGAGGAUGGAUGUAUUUUGCUUUUUGUGAAGCUGUUUAAAUUAUACAAAUCCCAUGGAGUCUUUAUUGUAAUUGAAAUUGUGUCAUUUAAAAUGAAGGUUUUUAAAUUGAAUGGUCAUUUGCUUGUUUUUAUGAUUUUAUUGUGAUACAUGUG